AUGUGUGACUACUCGAGACCAACAUGCCAUUACAACCUGAGCAUCAACGACAUUCCCUCCAUCAACGACACUCCCUCCAUCAACGACACUCCCUCCAUCAAGGACACUCCCUCCAUCAAGGACACUCCCUCCAUCAAGGACACUCCCUCCAUCAAGGACACUCCCUCCAUCAAGGACACUCCCUCCAUCAAGGACACUCCCUCCAUCAAGGACACUCCCUCCACCAACGACACUCCCUCCACCAACGACACUCCCUCCACCAACGACACUCCCUCCACCAACGACACUCCCUCCACCAACGACACUCCCUCCACCAACGACACUCCCUCCACCAACGACACUCCCUCCACCAACGACACUCCCUCCAUCAACGACACUCCCUCCAUCAACGACACUCCCUCCAUCAACGACACUCCCUCCAUCAACGACACUCCCUCCAUCAACGACACUCCCUCCAUCAACGACACUCCCUCCAUCAACGACACUCCCUCCAUCAACGACAUUGACAGGAUUGAAACAGCGAAAGGAAAAGUCAAGAGAAAGGAAGAUAAAAAAAAGAGGUAG